AUGGAAGAAGGAAACGCAGUAUUUUGUUCUAUAUGUUUAGGGCUUGGGAGCUGGCCCAAAGCACGGCCCAAGAUAUGUGGACACACCUUCUGUUAUAUUUGUAUCAGUACAUGGGUAAAGAAGCGAUCGGAAUGUCCUCUUUGUAAGAGACCGGCUAAAAUAUUGGUGGUCAUGAGUCAGGAUGGUACGGAAUAUAAGACAUCUAUUAAAGACGAAACUUCUGUUCAGUAUCGAAGAGAGAUUGAUGAAGAACUGUUUCAAGAAACGGAGGACAUAACAGUAGUAUAUGCUAGAUGUCAAGUGUGCAACUUAUCAAAAAACGAACAUCUGUUAUUGCUUUGCGACGGAAUCGUUGGACAGGAUGUAGACGGAAGUUUAGUUCGUUGUAAUGCUGCAUGCCAUUGUUAUUGCCUACCGGAAAAAUUUGACAGUGUACCAGACGGAGACUGGUUUUGCACUUUCUGUGCUGAUAUAAGAGCUACCCAAGAAUCAGUGUACAACAGCCGAUACGCACGAGAAAAACAUCCGUCAUCAUCAGAUUACCACGAAUUCAUAGAUUUUAGGGAAUCUGGAAUCUUGAAUAAGGAUGAACCAGGGCCUAGUGGAAUAAAUCAGAGCUUUCGAUUGAGAGGGUGUGGAAGUGGUUUUCAUAGCGAUAAGUGUUUAAUUAAAUCGGGCUCAAACAGUGUAAAGAACAGUGCGAGCGAUGAUGAUGAUAAUGCUGAUUGGGACAAUCAGGACGAUAGGGUUUUGGCAGCAGAUUUAGAUAUAGAUUAUGAUCCUACUGGAGCAACUGAAGUAACACGAUGGAAAUGGCACAAACAUCGAAGGACGAAAAAAACAAAAAACGCACGAAGAAGAAAAAGUAUACGGAAGAAAAAUAUGAAACAUCGAAAUGCAAAAGUUUUAGAGAAAAGUGCUGAGAGAAAAAGCAGGCAGAGGAAAAGAAAGGGUAUUACUGGGGCACAGAGUCGUCUGGCUGAAGCUGUAGGUUUGGAUCCUCGGACUGGUCGACAGAAAAAGCGGAAAAAAAGUGAACGGCAUUUCCCAUCAAAGUAUAUUUGUCGGAGAUUUAAUACAUCUAUAUUAUCGAUCAGAAACGAUGAUGACUUAGGUAUACCAGUUGAAAUGAGUCUGCAGUCGACAGAGCAUUUUAACGAUAAAUUAUCCACUAAGAAGCCAAUAGAAGAAACAGAUUUAAUUACUUCGAUUAUGUUCGAACAAGCAAAAACUUUGGCACCUGCUCGGUAUCAGCGCAUCUUACGUGAUGGUACAAUCGGUGAAACUGAGCAAAUGAUCAAGCAGAAGAAAAAAUUACUUGAAAAAGUCGUGGCUUGUAAAGAACUAGUUUCUUCUGAAGAUUUAAAGGAUUCAGAUGAAAACAUAUCAAUGUUUUCGGCUAGCAGCAGUCAUGUUGAAGCGAAAGAAAAACGGAAGAGACGUCCAUCACGUUGGGGCACUCCUACUACUUCAAAAAGCCAUGAUAAUACUAUUAUAACUGCUUCGAUACCUCUUCCUUUGGGACCACCCUUGACACAGUCAGCAGUUUCUUUAGAAAAUAUACCGGUACCUUCAAUAGACCAACAACCGCCGCAGUCACAAGUGGCGUUAUCUUCAAAGCCGUCUGCUCUUAAUACAGCUCCAUCUACGUCUUUUGCGCUCAAAUCGGCAUCGAUACCGUUUGGAAUGGCUAGCGGACAAUCACGGAUUAGUCUGCCUCCAUUUGCUGGUUCAGGUUUGGGCCAACAACCUCUUAGUUUGAGUCAUCAGCCUCUGGUUACUCUAGGACAGCAGCAGUUAACCGGACUGGGGCAGCAAACUUUAGCUGGUUUAGGGCAACAGUCAGUGCCAGGUUUAAGCCAACCACAGUUGACGUCUAUUGGACAAGGGUCAUUAGUCCAGAUGCAGCCGUCUUUGCUACCGAAUUUCUUCUUACCACCGCUGAAUUUAGGUGCAAUGAACGGUUUAUUGGCAGCAGGUCUGCUUGCUAAUAACAAUCCGUUGGCAGCUCCGCCGAUUACUCAACCACUAGCUCAACCAUCUUCUGCAAGCACGACUCCUUUUAUGUUCAAUCCAGUGCAGCUUUCAGCAGCCUCAGCUCAACAAUUAAAUCAGCAUUUUGUAAAUUUAGCAACUACACUACGACGAAAUGUAGAUACAGCUGCUGAUUCCGCACAUUUGUCUCAGCAAUCUUCUAAACAACCAGAGGGCGUUCCACCACCUCCACCGGUCAUAAAACCGUCUGAAUCUGUAUCCAGCAAUAUAUCUCUCUGUGAACCGUUGGCUGAGAAAAUCAGGAAAUUAAUUGAAGCCAGUAAUGUAAAACCUCUGUGCGACACAAGUGUCGACGAUGGCACCGCAAAAAUUGGUGUUACAAUGGAUGAUGGAAUAAACAAUGUGGUGCUGUGUGAUAACUCAAAAAUGGGUGAGUCGGGGCGUAAAAGUGCUAGCGCAGACGAUGAAGAAACUGGUGAAGCUGGCAAAGAAGUAAAAAAACUUCACAAGAAUGGUGCAAUGUUUGAGGAAGCUCGACGAAUGCUUUCUUCUUCACUUAAGAGAGUUUACAGAUUGAAGCAGAUUACUAAACAAGAGUAUAAAGAAAUAAUGAAAAAAGGUGUGACAGCGUUAUCUCAGCGCACAAAACUGGAUCAAAGAAAGGUUGAUGAGUAUGCAGCGAAAUAUGUUGAGUGUGUUGUACAUCGCCGUAAAAAGCGGCAUUAA